AUGCCAUUUGACUACAGUCCAAUUUUUACACAACAAGCAGUCGAGUGUAAUGAUUUGGUAGAAGAAUACUUUAAACUUGGAUUUGCUUACACAGAAAUUCUUCUUUUUCUUCAAUGUCGUCACGACAUUAGACUGAGCAUAAGACAGCUGAAACGCAUUCUUAGAGUAAGAGGUUUGAAACGAAGAG